AGCGCGCGCACCCCGCUGUAUGAUUAAACGUGUUUAAUUCGGAGGCGCUUUGAAGGCGUGGUUUUAUCUCACCGACGCGCGACUCGCAUCCUUUCAUUGAUAAUCCGUCGAGUGCACUACCUAGUGCACGAGCAGCGUGUCAAUGGCGCAUUAAUCAAAGGGAAAAUGAUGUGAGACGGACGCGCACGCACCAGGGAAGCCUUUGAGUGGCCAGAAUUGGGAUUUCAUGGGAAGCAGCUUAAGGAAUAUUUUGAUCACAUAAAAAGGGAUACAUCAUGGAAAACGUACCAAACACCAAAAGGACUGUGACUGUCCAAAUGAUACCACAGCUAGCCAGUAUAGAUUCACUGGGCAAUAAAGAGUUAAAUGCUAACUGGGACACUGAGCCAAAGUUAAGCAUGAACCAGGAUUGCUCUUCUGGCCAAAACGUGAAAUCAGAUCAGGAUAAUAUGCACCUUAAAUCCUCUGUCAAGGUUCUGGAGGAAAAGACACUUCAUCCCCUGGCAGCGAAGAUCAAAGGCAAACUCAAAGUUGUCCCGAACAUGAAGACAUCUGAGAAUUGUGCCAGGAGCGCUGAAGAUAGAAAUAAAGAUACUUACUCAAAUUCAGAAACAUUAUCCGUCCAGUGUGUGAAAAACCCGACUGUUACGUGUAACGUCGACAAGGAGCAAAAUGGUAAUAGCACAACGAAUGCACUCGAGAAAGAGCCCAAAGCACAAAGCAGAACCUCAGCAGUUGGAGAAUAUAGUGCAAUUAAAGAGACAGUACAUGAUCAAAAGCCAAGCCAAGCUAUUCACCAUAACCCUUCCGACUCUACUGGGGCUUCCCGUCAAAAGGAUUUAUCUCCCAGCACCGACGACACAAACAAAGACAUGGUUUUAUCUGAAUCAAAAGAAUCGAGUUUCACCACCAGCGUAUCCCAAGCAUCCAUCAUCAGCAGUAUCCAGUUAGAGCAGGUCCAUAUGGGAUCAAACAUCAAUGCUCCGAAAAACAAAAACCUUCCUGGAGCUACAGACACAACUGCUUGUGAUAAAGCAUGUGAACCUACGUGCAACAAUAAGAAACCCCUGACAAAUAUGCAGACACCACAACCACAAGAACCACAGAAUAUUCCUGUUAAGGAUGAUAGCAGUAGCAUCAAGGGCACGACAAAGGAUUUUAAACUAUCAGGAAUGACUCCCUUUGGGCAGCCAUUGGGUUCUUCAAGCAGCGACGCAGCUAUUCCCGACAGCUCAAGUCACCACACGGAGGUGAUUAAUGGAGAAGUCCAAACACCGGGAGCUCCUUCUGGAGAACAGAAGCAGGUCCACAGCAAACUCUAUUGUGAAGCCUCCACCAUGACUUCUACAUCUGAGUUCGACAACCAGCCAAGAACUCAAUGCCAAGAUGUGGAAGUACAAGCGGUGGCUACGGUCCGUAGUCAAUCCACAACCACUAGCCCUACUCUUCUGUCUCUGCAACUCCAUCAGAGACCAGCUUGUUUGCUCCCCAAGGAUGCUGAAAGCCUAGCAGUAGUUGUCGAGGUGGAAACCACAGAUCGUCCCUCCUGUACCUUCUCAGAAGUGCAUUCUGUCGUGUCAUCCAGCAAGGUCCUGCUUGAGAAGCCCCUACAAACUGGCACUGUGAUGGUGCAUGUAGAUUCCGACCUUCAGCAGGAAUCAAAGCUUGGGGAUGAGCCUAAAGACCCUGGGGCAUCUCUUCACAAUUCCCAAAGCGGAUUUUUACCUCUUCAACCAGUUUAUCAGAUUAAUAUAGAGACCCAACAUAAGGACGCUAGCCACCAACCUGCGGUCACGGCAACUGGCCCAGGUGGAGUGCAGGAUCCUGUCACAACAUCUAAACAGAAUCUGCCUGCAUCGAAAUCCCCACAAUCCAAGACAGAUGCGCCUUCGGCAAAUCCUCCAACAAACAUUACAAUGGACACCCCUCCGACAUCAAGCUCAACGCCGCAAAGCAAGAAGGUUGAAAGACGACAGCAUGGAGCUUCUGAAAAAGAGAAGGAGGAAGAGAAGCAGAAGGAAAAGAGCGUGCACGACGUGGUGUGGGACGAGCAAGGUAUGACAUGGGAGGUGUAUGGAGCGUCAGUAGAUCUUGAAUCACUUGGCUUUGCUAUUCAAAGUCACCUACAGUGCAAAAUCAAAGAGCAUGAAAAGAAGAUCUUAGUCCAGACGGCUCUCCGAAAAUCUUUGUCUUCACCUCCCGGCAAGAAGACAAAAAGGAGGCAGGUGAACAUCAACUUCAGGUCCAUGUUUCAAAAUCUCCGCCGACCCAACUGUUGUACACGCCCGGCAGUACAAGAGUGAAGGGCUUCUGGUUUGUUGAUAGGUCAGUGUGAUCAAACCAAAUUCUAAGAGACUGUUCGAGUGCAAAGCAUGCUGGGAGAUUUCUCUGAAGAUUUGGUUAAAUAUAUAGAAACUAAUGGUGGUCUUAUGGUGAUUUGAUUGUUUUGUGGAAAACCGUAAACUUAAAGAAAAUAUUUUUAGAGAAAUACGAAAUGAUUUACAGUGAUAGUAAAGCUAUAGCAAUGUUUAAAGUGAAAUCGCAAUAAAUAUAAUUACAAUGGUAAUGAUAAUAUGUAGUAAUGUAAUAUGCAUGUAUAUUAGAUCAGAAUGGCAGUCUUAAGCCCGAAGUAUAGUCUUUUUUAUGUGUCCGUGCACGGUCGAAUGCACAACCUUGCAAAGUAUAGUUUAUUUGACUUGUACGUGUACACAGACGUUCGAAAAUGCAAUACAUCUCCUGAGCUACAUACUACAUUCUCCUGUAGUCGCAUGCACAACCUGCGCAUACAGUUUCAAAAAUCGGGCUUUUCUGAUGACGAAUCGUGUCACGAGCACUGUACGCGGACCAUCGUGUACGGGUAAAAAAUUGACCAUACUUCGGCCUUUAUACAGUAACUACCCAUUAUGGGAUCCAAUAUUAUGCACUGUAUUGAUGAGCAGAUGUAUGCAUAUAACUUUUUACAGAUUUUUGUUUAAGUUGAAUAUCUUUUUUAACUCUCAUAGAUACAUUUGGUAAAUAUUUGUUUUGCAUACCAUAUUUUUAAUUUACUCCCAAUAUUGAACUUGAUCGAAAUCUUUGAAUUUUAUUUUUCGAAAAACUUCACGUGCUUGUUGUCAAACUUGUUGUAAAAUGAGCCUGUUUCUGUCCAAGGAUUUGUCUUUGAUGGUGAUAUUAUAUUAUAUGAUUUUAUAUUAAAGCUACAAAGUAUUUGAGUCAUGAACGAUAUUGUCUCCCAUAAUUUUUAAUGCUUUGUCUAUAAAUCUGUCUCUCUAGGAAAUCUCUCACGAGAAAUCGUACAUAUUUUACGAGUUGGCUAAUUCGUAUCAAUUCAUACGAAGUGAAUCGUGCAAAAUCGUACGAUUUACAUGGUAAAAAAACAACAAUGAAACCGAACCCCUAACCUCAAAGUCACAGGGGUCAACGCAAAUCGUACCAAAACUUACGAAUGUGGCCUGGUCGUAUGAAUUGAUACAAGCCAACUCGUAAAUAUGUACGAAUUUUCGUUAGAUAACGUUGGAAAUGCUGCUUUGUUUUCACACAUGGUUGUGUACUACCUAGGAGACCUUAACCUAGAAAAUUUAACCCAUGAGUUGCAACAACCCAGCAUUUCAACCAUUUUGAAAGCAUUUUACAACUAUUUUUUACAAUCUGUUAUCUGUCGCUAACAUUCUGUUAAUAAUAUCUUGCAUAUCUGCCAAAACAGGAUUGAGGCUAAACGGGACAAAGCCGUUGGGUGAAAUUAACCCCGGAAUAUAUUUGACCCAUCAAUUGGGCUAAAACAAACCAGCAUUUUUUAGUUUGCUGUUCUAGGGAUUUACCUGUCUGUGUGUCUUUUUCCACAUUUCAGGAUUAUUUGGGCGGGGCUAAAACGGUGGCUCACUGAUGCACUGGAGCCACCAAUCAUGGCCCCGCCCCCAACACAAUCAUAAGCAUCCAUUCAUGUUGUAGCGGUAUUUGAAAGUUAAGAGAGACAGCAGCUGUCCUGCAAGUGGGCGUGGUUUCAGCGAAGACACGCCCCCAGCGUUUGAGAGCAGAUAAUCGUUCUGGUUUUGAUAACUUAUUUUAUUUAUUCAGCUUUUUUUAAAGGUGCAGUGUGUGAUUUUUAGAAGGAUCUCUUAACAGAACUGCAAAAUAAUAUUCAAAACUAUAUUAUUAGGGGUGUAGGGGACCUUUCAUAAUGAACCGUUAUGUGUUUAUUGCCUUAGAAUGAGACGUUUUAUCUACAUAGACAGAGGGUCCCCUUACAUGGAAGUCGCCAUUUUGUGCAGCCAUGUUUCUACAGAAGCCCUUAACGGACAAACUUUUUUACUAAGUUGUCUCCAACGAUGACAUGUUUGUCCGGUGGCGGCUACCGUAGCUUCUCUAUGUGUUUCAAAAGCAAGAGGUGACUAGUGGACUGAGCUUUUGUUUGCAAUUCGCAACCUCACCACUAGAUGCCACAAAAAUGUACACACUGCGCCUUUAAUCAUUUAAUGAUUUGGCUGAUAAAAAUUUGGCUGUGUGGUUAAUAUCGGACUUUAAAUAUUAAGAAAUACAAAUUCCAAAGCAUGCCUUGCUAGGGUGUUGCUAUGCAGUUUUUUUGAGUGGUUCCUAUUGCGUUGCUUUAUGGUUGCUAUGGUGUUUUGGGUGGUUGCUAGGCGGAUUCUUACAGUCUAUAGAAUGCUUUUAUGCAUUUUAUCGUAAACAUUAUAUACACAAAUGACUUGAGUAAAAUUGUACAUUUAUAAUCCCUUACUUUUGAGCAACCUAGUAGUGAUGCUUGCCUUAUUGUCCCUCAUUUUUCGGUUGUGGUCCAAAGCGCCUGUCACCUUAAUAAUAAAUACAAGUCAUUUUUAUUGAUCAUGUUUAGUGAAUGACUUGUGUUUUGUAUGUAUAAAAUGUAGCAUUCAAAAUCAUCCCAUUUACCAGGAACACAUUGCAUAAACGCAGUUCAAGGUUAAAAUGCAUGCAACUCCAUUCGCUGCAGGGAAUACUGCAGGACUCUGCAAGCUUGUGCAUUUACAGUAUGUACAUUAUCGCAGUCUAUUCACUGUAUAAAGCUUUCUAUAGGGUCAAGAGAUUACAUCAGAGCGUCUCUUGUGUUGUCUGAUCAGUUUUGCAUCACCUCCCGUCCCCAUCGUAGCUCCCUUUUGUUUACCCGCUGCAUUAAGUAAUUGGAGGAGCUCCAGCACUUCCUCUGAUGCCACGGCUCCCUGUGGAAUAUUUGCCCUAAAUAUGUUUGUGCAACACACACACCUCAAUUCUCUCUCUCUCUCUUUCUCUGUCCUUCUUCGUCAAUACAGUACCUCCCUCUCCUUUUGCCUGCAUGUACAAGAUUUGAUGCUAAAAAUGAAUUCAGCAGCUCACACAGAUUAAAAUCAUUUUUUCACAAUCAUUUUUAUGCCUUCCUUUCUUGUUAUCUUUAUCACACAAAUACAACCAGGCGGUGUUAUUAUCCUUAGCAUUAUUUUCCCAUUAAACAGUCCAGCCUUAAAAUGUCCUGAACCUAAGGUCUCAUAGGCCCAUUUGGGGGAUUCUUGUUAUUAAUUUUGUAUAUAAAGGUAACACUUAUAAGCCUAUAUAUGG